AUGACCAAGAACAUGAACGUCUUCGGUACGAUCACAGACUCGGACAAUCACCCGCUCCAUGGGGGCGAGUGUGGGAAGCGCCUAAUGCCCCAUGUCAUCGACGCAACGGCUAUCGCGACGCCAGACGUCGAAUGCUUGUCCGUCCCCCGGACGCAUGGCAACCCCCUUGACGGCUGGAAGCCUGUGAGCUGGGCGCAAGUCGCCAACGCCGUCAACUACAUAGCUCACCUGCUGAUCGAGCAGGCUGGAGUGCCAACGCCUGGUACUUUUCCCACAAUUGCAUACAUCGGGCUUGAAGACCCGCGCUACGUGCUCUUUAUCAUGGGCGCAAUCAAGGCCGGGUAUAAGGCUCUGUUCAUCUCGCCACGGAAUUCUGUCGAGGCUCAGGUGAACCUGUUUGACAAGACGGAUUGCAAUCUCUUAUACCAUGACCAGACGCUGGCAUCGAUGGUCAGGCCGUGGGUCGCCGGACGGUCUGGGAUGAAGAGCAUCACAAUCCCUCCCUGGGAACAGUGGGUGACCACGCCGGUCGCCCCAUUCCCGUAUACAAAGACCUUCGCCGAGGCCGAAUGGGACCCGUUUGUGGUACUUCAUACGAGCGGUAGCACGGGUCUACCCAAGCCAGUCAUAAUUCCCCAGGGCAAGCUGGCCCUGAACGACCUGCAUCGCUAUGUUCCCGAGUACAAUGGGAACAUGCCAUGGUUGCCGACAUGGGCGAAAUUCGAUAAUCCGCGGUACCUCUGCACCUGUCCUCUGUUCCAUACCGCGGGAAUUAUGCCCACAGUUUUGUCGGGCAUUUACUACAGCACUCCGGUUAUAUUUCGCGAUCCGUCGGUUCCGCUCACGGGGGAUAACGUGGUUGAGUGGUUGCAGAAUUCCGGCGCGACGUAUACAGUCCUGCCCCCAGCGAUCCUAGAGCAGAUGUCACGUUCACAAGCAGCGCUCGACGAGAUGAAGAAGUUGCAGGUUGUGGCCUUUGGAGGAGGCCCAAUCGCGCCCGCUGCAGCGGCCGCACUGCUCAGCAACGAAAUCAAGCUAGUCAACGCCAUCGGGGCUACCGAGUACAUCUAUAUGCCAUACUACACGCAGCCAGACUCAUCCCUCUGGGAGUGGUUCAUCGUCCCGUCAGAGUUGUUGGGUAUCGAGUGGCGGCCCUUUGGCGAAGACACAUAUGAGCAAGUCUUCAUUAGGCAGAAGAAACAUCCAGGACUGCAGGGUUGCUUUUACGUCUUUCCUGAACUAGACGAAUACAGCACAAGCGACCUCUAUCGCCCGCAUCCGACUUUACCAAACCACUGGACCUACGUGGGUCGCGCCGACGACAUUAUCGUUUUCUCCACCGGCGAGAAACUCAACCCCACGACUAUAGAAGGAGCGGUGAUCGGACAUCCGGGGGUCCUAGGUGCGCAAGUUGUGGGUUCGGGACAGUUCCAUGCUGCGCUGCUGAUUGAGCCGGCGCAUUAUCCGGUAAAUGAGGGGGAGAAGCAGCGGUUCCUCGACGAUGUUUGGCCGGUUAUCGAGAAGAUCAAUGAGGAGACUGUCGCGCAUGGUCGCAUCUUGCGUGACUAUGUCUUUUUGUCUGACCCAGCACGACCGUUUCCACGGGCUGGCAAGGGCACAAUCCAGCGUGCCAUGGCUGUAAAGCUCUACGCAGACGACGUUCGCCGCAUCUUUGAAUCCAGCUCCGAUACCAACAGCGUCCCAGCCGCAGGCAUGGAGCUCGAUUUCAGCUCAGAUACAGCUCUUGCGGAGGGAAUCCGGAAUUUGGUGCAAUUGACGCUGAAUUUGCCUGCACUGGGGGGUGAUGAUGAUUUCUUUGCUGCGGGCGUCGACUCGCUGCAGGUUCUCCAGCUGACACGGGUGUUGAGCGCUAGUGUCAAGGAGACCAUUGAGGCGAGGAGUAUCUAUAAUUACCCAACCAUCACCCAGCUCAGUUCCUUCAUCAAUUCUCUAGCAGGAUCUAGUUCUAAGGGAACUGCCCUUACAAGCACUGAGACCGACACUCUGGCCCUAUGCUCAGCCCUUGUCGAAAGAUACACGCAGAACCUCCCUCCACCUAACCCCAAGAAACCACUUCCCGCGGCCACAAACCAAACCAUUAUCAUCACUGGCACAACUGGAACUCUAGGCUGCUACCUUCUUGACUUCGCCAUUGCAAACCAGAACAUCACAAAAAUUUACUGCUUCAACCGAACGCCCGACGCACGCGAGCGCCAGCUCGCUACAAGCAGCGCUCGCGGCCUUUGCACCGACUUCCCACCAUCCCGUGUCGAAUUCUUAACCGUCGACCUCUCCUCCUCAGCUACAUUCAACCUGCCCGAAGAGAUCGCUAUUUGCCUCGCGAGUACAGUCGACCGCAUAAUUCACAACGCCUGGCCCGUAGACUUCAAUCAAUCUAUCGCGUCCUUCGAACCACACCUUUGUGGUGUCCGACAUCUCAUCGACUUCGCCGCUGCCGCCGUCAAAAAUAUCCCUAUCACGUUUGUUUCGUCCAUCAGCUCGGUCGAGAGAUGGCCCGAGCCAGGUCUCAUUCCCGAACAACCUCUUUCAGACUUCACCUACGCCUCCCAGAUGGGCUACGGCCAAUCGAAGCUUGCCGCAAGCCUGAUACUCGAUACGGCAGCGACAGAAUCGUUAGUGCCACGGAAUAUCGUCCGCGUGGGCCAGAUCGCCGGUCCCCGGGCCGAACAGGGUCAAUGGAACCCACGUGAGUGGCUUCCGAGUCUUAUUCGGAGCUCACUAUCCCUAGGUCUUCUGCCGGGCGAGCUUGGAGUGCUAGGUAGUUUGGGAUGGGCGCCUGUGGAGGACAUUGCGGGUGUUGUUUUGGAGGUCACUACUGGCCAAGAUGGCAAUGGCGGGUACUUUCACGCGGUGAAUCCGAACCUUCCAGACUGGAAGGGGGUUAUUGUCCCCGCGAUAACGGAUUUCUAUGGAAGCAGGAUUCAGCGCGUUGUGAGCUUGGAAGAGUGGGUGAAUGCGUUAGAGAAAAGCGCAGUUGGUGAGGUGGAUCUGGAAAAGAAUCCGGGCGUGAAGCUUCUAGAUACGUAUCGUUUUGCGUCUACGAAGGCGACAAACGGCGAGACUGCUAGUGCAGGCUUUGCUACGGAACGAACGGGACAGGCGAGCGAGACGAUGCGGCGAAUGGGGCCGGUGACGGCAGAGUUAAUGAAGAGGUGGUGUGAGCAGUGGCAGUUCUAA